AUGGAGAGGUUGGAAUACGAGGCUGAGAAGGAAGCUGUUCUGGAGCGUGUCCACAAGCGGAGUGCAAACCAACUCGUAGCAGAUGGAACAGGGAUCGUUGGCCUGGGGGCCGAGUUCGACCGAAGUGCCGGGAGGAUAACGCUCUACUGGGAGUACGGUCAUUUGCCUUACUUGAGCGAGAUCUCCAGAGGAACGGGGAAAACCACGCAAAAGGAGAUUGGAAAAGUAUUGGUUUCCCUGGCAGGCCGCACUGUGCUCAUCAGCACUGUGGAUGGUGGAGUCGACGUUGAGGAUGCCUCCAAGACCAUCUCUGGGGAAGUGGAGAGCGUCUCCAGUGACUGCAUGGUCGUUGUUACCCAGUACGAGAGGCUGCCUGCCGGCAGGCGAGGUGGUCGCAACCAUCUUUUCCGCGCAGACCUUGGCCCGAACAUCGUGGCAUACAAGCGUCAGCCAUGGUUCGAGGAUGCCGGCAUUGGCUGCUGGCUGCAUUACCGCUGCAAUGCCACUUGUCCGGGGCUGUUCUUUGAGCUGAAAGCGAAGAGUGCCGGGCCAGCGGAGUGCUUCAAGGCGACUCCCGGGCACGGGCACAGCGUGCAUGGAAGCUACGAAGCAGAUGGACCGAACGAGGGGGUCCUGGUUACCUUGACCAGCGGCUCCGGCAAGGAACUCUUCCGAAAUGCCAACCCGUCGGGUCGCUUCAGCAUCGAGGUGAUGGAGGAGCUUCCGCAUAAGCUCUGUUUCGAGAGCUCCGUGGAAGAAAGUCAGAUGGUAAGCUUCAACUUCCACGUGGAUGAGCACGGAGACGGUACGGACCACCACGACAAAGAGCACAUGGAGUAUGUGACAAAAGAGCACACAGACAAGGUUGAGGAGCUGGUCGCCAAGCUAGAGACAAAAGCCAAUGACAUCCUCGACCAGCAGCAGUACGCCAUCACCCGUGAGGCAGUGCACCGAGAGACAGCUGAAUCCACCAACGCGCGUGUGAUGUGGUGGACCCUUGCGGAAGUGGCUGUCCUGAUCAGCCUGGCUGCCUUUCAGGUCUACUAUCUCCGGUCAUACUUUGAGGUGAAGCAGAUAGUGUAG